AUGUUUUAUAAAUACCGGCAUAGGGACAGUCAUUUAAGUCUUCGUAUGCCUGUUCAGUGCACUUGGCUAAAGCUUAAUGGAUCUUGGCCAUUACCGCCAUCGACGGCAACAAAUGGUUAUAAAUCAAAUUUAAAUAGCUCAAUUUUUGGUAUAGCUUAUACGGCAUGGGCUUGGUACGUUAUAAUAUCUGUGGGCGUUACAAUUUGUUACCAAUCAGCUUUUUUGUUUAAAAACUUAUCGGAUAUCAUAAUAACAACGGAAAACUGUUGCACCACAUUUAUGGGAGUUCUUAAUUUUGUCCGCCUUCUUCAUUUGAGGCUUAACCAAAGAAAGUUUCGAAAGCUCAUUGAGAAAUUUGCUUUGGAAAUAUGGAUGCCAGAAAGCUUGAACAAUUCGAUUGUGGCUGAAUGUCGCAAGCGAAUGAACACGUUUUACAUAAUGACAGGAUUGCUCUCUUGCCUCAUAAUUAUGUACUGCGUUUUACCUUUGAUUGAGCUAUUUUUUACCUUUGGGCUUGAUUCACACGAGAAACCAUUUCCUUACAAAAUGGUCUUUCCAUACGAUCCCUAUAGUAGUUGGACUCGUUACGUACUAACUUACAUGUUUACAUCGUACGCAGGAAUUUGUGUAGUGACCACUCUGUUUGCAGAAGAUUCAAUUUUUGGGUUUUUUAUAACAUACACCUGUGGUCAAUUCCGUUUACUACACGAAAAUAUCAACAAAUUAUUUACUGAAGUCAAAGUUAACGCAAGAGGCGGUGAUACUUGGGACUACACACAACGUGUGCAGCUGAACCGUUUAAAACGAAUCAUAGACAAGCAUAAUAAAAUUAUAAGGUUCGCUCAGCGCUUAGAAGACUUUUUUAAUCCAAUUCUGUUAGUCAAUCUUAUGAUUUCAUCCAUUCUAAUUUGCAUGGUUGGCUUUCAGAUAAUAACUGGCAAAAAUAUGUUUAUCGGAGAUUAUGUUAAAUUCAUAGUGUACAUAUCCUCUGCGAUCUCUCAAUUGUAUGUCCUUUGCGAAAACGGAGAUGCCUUAUUGAAACAUUCGACUUUUACAGCGAAUGUUCUCUAUGGAUGCCAAUGGGAAAGUUCCGAGCAUUGCAACCAUGUGUAUACAGUGACGAGCAAGCAAAUCCAAAAUCAUUUAAGGUUUAUGAUACUCUGCAGUCAACAACCCGUCAAGAUAACAGCUUAUAAAUUUUCCACUCUAUCUUUACAAAGUUUUACAGCGAUUUUAAGUACGUCAAUGAGCUAUUUCACAUUAUUGAGGUCGCUGUACUAUGAUAACAAAUAA